CAUAACACUUAUUCAUUCAACGGUACGAAAAAAAAAAAAACAUAAACACACGAACAAACAAAGACCAAUUCCAACGUUAAAUUAUUUGACUCAAACAAAACAAAAAACCUUAAUCAUCGUGAACAACAACAAUAACCUUAAACAUGUCUUGCUCCGUCGCGGUUUCGAAUUCGCCGGUGUUUUCACCUUCUUCAUCUCUCUUCUGCAACAAAUCUGAAACGUUAACGUUAUCUCUUUCUCAUCUCAAACCAUCUUCAACAACAACAACAACGUCUUCAUCGUCUUCUUCUUCGCCUUCUCCUUGUUCUUCACCUUCUUCACCUUUUUGUCUUCGGUUACCGAAACUACCCUUGGUUUUUACGUCUAACAAGGAUUCUGGGUCGCAGAAUGAUGCUGUUUUGAAGAGGAAACGACCUACCAGGCUUAAUAUACCUGUUUCUGAACAUGCUUUUUGUGUUCCGGCGACGCCUUCUGCGGUGGCGAGGGAUGUUGUUGAGGCGGAGGGAGAUGGGUAUUCUGUUUAUUGUAAGAGAGGGAGGAGGGAGUAUAUGGAAGAUCGUUAUACAGCUGGGGUUAAUCUUCGUGGUGAAAACAAUUUGGCUUUUUUUGGCGUAUUUGAUGGACAUGGAGGUGCCAAAGCCGCUGAAUUUGCGGCAAACAACUUAGAAAAGAACAUCUUGGACGAAGUUAUCAUGAGCGACAAAGAUGAUGUUGAGGAGGCAGUGAAGCGCGGUUACCUCAAUACCGAUUCUGAGUUCAUGAAAAAAGAUCUACAUGGUGGUUCUUGUUGUGUGACAGCAUUCAUUAGGAAUGGUAACUUAGUUGUGUCUAAUGCUGGUGAUUGCCGUGCUGUUAUUAGUAGAGGAGGGGUUGCUGAGGCACUAACAUCUGAUCACCGUCCUUCAAGGGAAGACGAAAAGGACAGAAUUGAGACCCUGGGUGGUUAUGUUGAUUUAUGUCGCGGUGUUUGGAGGAUUCAAGGAUCUCUUGCUGUAUCAAGAGGAAUUGGAGACCGACACUUGAAACAAUGGGUGACAGCGGAGCCCGAGACUAAAGUUAUUAGAAUUGAACCUGAACAUGACUUGUUAAUAUUAGCUUCAGAUGGAUUAUGGGAUAAGGUUAGUAAUCAGGAAGCAGUAGACAUUGCUCGUCAAUUUUGCGUAGGAAAUAACAACCAACAACCAUUGAUGGCCUGUAAAAAGCUUGCAAAGUUGUCUGUUUCAAGAGGCUCUUUGGAUGAUACCAGUGUCAUGAUAAUCAAAUUGAAACACUAUGUUUAGAGGUUCAUUGGUAGAACAGAAGAAGAUGGUGGUGCCUGAUGAUUAGAAAUUAGCCUAUUCUUUUCUGUAUAUAUAUUAAUUAUUAUUGAUUAAUUUUAUCUGACGACAUUUAUUGGUGAAUUUUUGUACCCGUAGAUGGGUGAGUAGAGAUUAACAAAGCCAUUUAGCCAUUUGUUUAGUAGAAUAUUUAUCUAAUAAUCAUGUAAUAACUUUAUAGAUUAUCUAAUUAUUUCGGUAAUAAUUCAUUCAUUCUUUUA